AUGCUCCCGCGUCGUCUCUCCUCCAGCUUCGCCGUUUUUUUCUACUCCUCCAACACAACACACCGUGUCCUCGCAACGUUAUAUUGCACCACCACCCCCCUCAAUUCCGCUUCCGCUUUGGUUCUAGCUGUCCUCAAUCUCUCGCCGUUUCAACUUCUGUCUCUGCGAAAUUCCCGCACGACAGACCACCAUUCACCACCACCAACCUACUCAAUUCCUAUAAAUCCGUCGUCCUCGCGACUCUCGCCUUAG